UUGAAGUGACAGGUCACCGCCGAAGUGAAAUUUUUUUUGCUUGUUGCGGGUGGUAGAUUCAAUGAAAACUUCUAAAAAUAAAUGGUUGUAAUAUAAAAUUGAUUCUAGUGGGCGACAAAAUACGUAAAUAUUACCACAAAUACAAAAGUGUCCGUUUAAAAAUAAACAAUUUAUGCGUUCGAACAGUGCGAUAUAGUGUAAUAUAGAACUGUUGGCUUGGCCUUGCUUUUGACACCUCACACACCCAAGUUUGUUAAAAAGUUGUGUUUUUAAUUAUUGCUUUUUUAAUAAUCAUCUUGAUUGAGCCAAAAUGCAAGCCAUAAAGUGUGUCGUAGUUGGAGACGGUGCUGUAGGUAAAACAUGCCUGUUGAUUUCCUACACAACAAAUGCUUUCCCUGGAGAGUAUAUUCCAACAGUUUUCGAUAACUACUCUGCAAAUGUCAUGGUUGAUGGAAAACCCAUAAACCUGGGCCUAUGGGAUACAGCAGGUCAAGAAGAUUAUGACAGAUUGAGGCCUCUAUCAUACCCACAAACAGAUGUAUUUUUAAUAUGCUUUUCUUUGGUAAAUCCUGCUUCAUUUGAGAAUGUUAGAGCAAAGUGGUAUCCAGAGGUCAGACAUCACUGCCCUUCCACCCCUAUCAUCUUAGUAGGUACAAAACUAGACCUUAGGGAAGACAAAACCACCAUUGAGAAGCUUAAGGACAAAAAGUUAUCUCCCAUAACUUAUCCACAAGGCCUAGCUAUGGCAAAAGAAAUCAGUGCAGUAAAAUACCUAGAAUGUUCAGCAUUAACUCAAAAAGGUCUAAAAACUGUCUUUGAUGAAGCCAUCAGGGCAGUACUAUGCCCAGUAAUGCCGCCAAAGCCAAAACGUAAAUGUACGAUUUUGUAAUAGAUUUAGUAACCAUUUAUUUUUUAACAAAUGGGUAAACUGUCAGCUGAAAAAGUAUUUUUUACACAGCUCAGAAUCAUUCCAUAAGAAAUGUUGAUGGUCUAAGAAAAGAUGCUGUGAACGUGUAAAAAAUAUUUUUAGUCACAGUGGUUGUCUUAGGGGUAGGGUUUUAUUUAUUUUAAUCGAAAGCUUGUACACGUGAUAAUUGCCUAUCUGUAUUUGCAUGUGUUAUCUGUUUUCACCCCCCUAAAAAGGAUGUUUGAUGUUCUGUAUUGUUGUAGGUUUAGUCGAAUUUAAUAUUGUUAUCAUACUGAUUUGUUAUUUUAUAGUGGCAAUUUUUUAAAUUUAUUUUUAUUAAUAUCAGGUAGGCAGUUAACAUUAAAUUCUUUGCUUAUUCUGCUGUAAUAAAUAGCCUCAUUAUAAGCUAUUUUGUAACCUUGCCUGUAAAGUGGAAUCGCUGUAUGGGACAGGCACAAUUUUAGACUACUAGAUAGUCAUAACAAAUGAUGUUAAGUAAAUGUGAUUAAUUGUUUUUAAUAUGGGAAAUUGUCAACAUAGGAUCAUAGUGGGUUUUAACUGCUGAUUUCGCAGACAGAAAGGUUUCAAAUUUGGUAAAUGGUUAAUGGAUUUAAAAUGUUCAGAAAUAUCAAACUUUUAUAAGACAUUCCCAACUUGAUUGACAAUCACAAGAUAAAUCUUUAUACUGUUGAAUAUCCUAAACUGACUCUAUGUUGUAAAUUUCCUAUCUUAUAAUUUAAUAUAAAGUUUUUGCAAUGAUUUUUUAUAAUUAACCAUAGUGCAUUUAUCUUUUAUUUCACAGUAACUAGGUAACUUGCCAUACAACCUUCAUUUUCAAUAUUUUAAGGUGUAAAUAAACAAAAAAAACUACAUUUAGAAUAUUUUUGCUAUUUGUUUAAUUACCUGGCUGCAUACAUAUGUUAUCUAAUUAUUUUAUAACUUUUUCUUUAUAAAACUAGUUUCAGUUAUCAUAACCACAGUUCUGUUUAUUUACAUUUUUUGUUAGUGGUUGUUAGUUUUUCUAAAUGAUGUGAAUCGUUGGUAGAUAAUUUAAUAAGUUUUUAUUUAUAUAAUUACUGUGGUUCCGUCAUUAAUAAUAAAUAGGAUCUAUGCGGAUGACGUUUGAAAUAUUUUGUUUUAAACCACAGAAGGUAUAAAUUUCUUAAUGUUAAGUUGUAACAUAUUUUGUAAAAAAUAACAUUUAUAUGAUGGAAUAAAUUUAUUUCUAAGUUUCUUUUCUUCUGUUUCAUUAGGUGUAUUAGAUAGGUGGGAGUCUGUUAAAUAAAUGUUAUUGAUGUUCAACGCCAAUAGGGAUAAAAUAUUCUGAAUGUCUUUAAAGUAGUUAGGCAGACGGUUUGUUGUUAUGAAUAAUUAAUUGUUGUGCUCGCGGACAGUAAGGUGCUGUGUAUAAAUUGCAAUAUGUAUAUAUCAAAUUUAAGUUUUGUCUUUUUUUUUAAUUAUAACUGAAAAGAUCAAAAAGUUUCAAUUAUAAGGUAGCCCACAACAUACAAGGAAAAGCAAAAAAUUCCGUUAUUUGCUUGGUAUAAGUUAAUUAAUAACCUUCAGGGCAACAUUUAUAGAGUGACCAAAGUUGGUAUUGAAUAGAGAAGUGUAUGCAUAAUAUUUUGAGUAGUAUAUGAAGAUAGUAAUAAUCCAGGGUGGAUACAGUAUAAAAAUGUAUGUUUAAAAAAUAUCUACUUAAAUAUUGUUUCACUAUAUAAUAAUUAGUGUAAAUAUUAGUUUUUUUUCAGAACCUUUUCUUUAGUUAUAAUCAUUUGAGCUAGUCCUAAGCUUCCAUACAUUGUACUAAUUAGUGAUUUGCAACAAUUAUACAAAAGUAUUUAUUUAAUUUUUAUUAAUUUAAUUUUUCUGAUGGGAAGGAUAUAUUUUGAAUAAUAAUCGAUCAAAAAAACAUACCUAAGCUGCUGCUAAUUAAUAUUUUAUCCUAAACACCCUGUAUAACUAUACUUAUCCCUUACGCUCCCGAGUCUACUUUUUUUUAGAAUUUUGAGACAAAACUUUACGCCAAUGCUUAUUAUGACCUCAUUAGAGAUCCUAAUUUUUUUCAGAAAAAAAAAUCACAUUUGAUAAGAUUUUAUGGACUCUCACGAUUGUGUUGGAUAGGAGUCAAAAUGAUACUGGCACAAAUGUGAAAAAAACUAAAAAUAUAUUGAAAAUGUUUAUUUCUACGAAAAUACACUACUUAACAUAAAAUGUUUCGAAGCAAUUUUGGUUUUUUUGUAAACAUAAGUAAACAUUACACUUAAUACAUUUGAUUCUUGAUCUACUUUGACAGGAUUCCAGGCGACAAGUGUUGGGAUUUUUUUGAUCCUCAUGUACUGGCCAAUGAUCAAACCCAUCGAAUCUUUUAUCUUCACAAGGUAGAGGGGUAUAUCUUACCGUCUUGGCAGAAGGUUCUUCAUUUUCAUCCGUUUGAGCGUGUUCAUAGUUUUAGAUUUCUUUUUUUUGUUCCGCAAAUCAUAAAUUCUCCUAAUGCUAGUCGAAACUGCAAAAAAUCUAAGAUUUGCUUUGAGCUAUAUCCAUUUUUUCUACAGUCAUUUCGAUAUUCCAUCCAGCUAUUCACAAUAGCUAUGUCAAAUAAGUGUAUAAUGGUUUUAAAUGUCCAUUUUCGGGUUUUAAAGUAUGUUCGAUAAGCCUCAGUCAUUUGAUCACAAAUAUCAACUCCGCCCAUCUUUUCAUUAUAAACUUUAAUUGCAUUUGGACAGGACACUUCUAUAUGUUUUUUUUUGUUUUGAUCCCAUCUCUGAACAGUUUUUACUGGUUCUAUUCCAAAAGCCGUAGAUGCCAUGACGACUGAUUUGUUAUCUCCAUUUUUUCAAACAUACUUUCGUAUCAUUUUUUACGUGCACUUCUGCGUCGCCUCUUUUCAUAGUAGCAUCUUUUUGAAAUACACAUCCUUUUACUCUGUUUGUCAUUAUGGUUCCCGUUCCUUCCAUUUUUAAAAUAAUGGCAUUGUGGAAAAAUAUCGGUCAAAAAAAAUAAAGCUUCCAGGUGGCAAGGUUUGUAUUAAACGAAGAAUAACUGAUGGCCCUAAACCAAGUUGUUUAUCUGGCAAUGGCGUCAAGGAACCCUGGUAUAUUUCGAAGUCCAAUAUUGUACCACAAGACGUUGUAAUGACAAAAUUCUUAAGUCCAACCGGCCUUGGUUUAUUUCUGACAAAUUGACGUAUAGGACAUCGUCCUAAAAAGGGUAUCAUUAGCUCAUCAAUUAAAAAACAACCAUUCUCUGGCCUGUGAAUUUCAAGACAUCUUUGUCGAACUCGGUCUAUCAUUGGUUGAACUUUCCAGAGAUAUGAUUCUUCUUUUUGAUAUCAUCCGAUACUGAUAAAUUAGAUAGAAGUUUAUAAAAGCUGUCACGCGCCAUAACAUUAGCUAUGAGAGGUAAUCGAUAUUUGAUACUCCAGUAAAGGUGGAUUCUAGGAAACUUAACAUCCCAUAAUUGCAUGCAUACCAAAAAAUUGCCUAAUUUCUUCAUCAGUCAAUUUUGGAGUGAUUUCCCUACCAUGUUAUUGCAAGUAAUACUGAGAAGUUAACGCUGCCCCCAUUUCAAAAAACUCAUCAUUGAAAUAUCUACUAAAAUAACCCCAUGGACUCAAAACUGGCUCAGGUUCAUGGUUAUCAAACAUAGUAGGGAUUUCUUUGCCUUCAAAUGGCUUCUUUACCCAUGUUGGAGCAGAAGACUUUUUUUGGCUGGUACUAGGUCUAGGCGCGUCCUCGUCACUGCUGUUUUCGGACUCUUCAUCUUCCGAUAAAACGCGUUCGGGUGGAGCAAAAAAUUCAUCAUCAUUAUCGCUUUCUACCUCGAAAUCGGACUCAAGGUCAUCAAGGAGUUCAUACACGUCAUCUGGAUUGGCUGCGAGCCUCUCCAAGUUCAAUAAUCUCUUGGAUCCUAUAUAGAAAAAACAUAACUAUUAAAAAACGGUACCGAAUUUUUGGGUAUUGGUUGGCUCCCAGCCGUUACAAUUGUGAUAUAGCGACAUAGUACGCACUUCUAAAAAUGGCCGCAAAAUAUUUUGACUUAUUUUUGAGCUUAUUAGGGAAAACAAUGCAUUACUUAAAUAAUUUGACAUUAAAAACACGGUUUAAAUUAAUUUUAGUUAAAACCGUUAUUCGCCAUCACAAGUCACAAGAAUUCGAAAAAACAAAUUAAACGGUAAUUCAUGCUCCUCUGCCGAAGUCAAAAUGACUUCGGCACUACUAAAUCCAGCCCGUGCGUUAAAAGCAUAAAGAGGUGUCUUGCACAAUCGUGUCGUAUCGUUUUGGACAGUUAAAAUAUCAUUUUGAUGUUUAUAUCCCAUGUUAAUAAGACUCACACAAUUGUGACAUGCUGGAGCUUAAGGGAUAUACCUACCGUCUCUGCUGGUCACCUAUCUGAAGGUUUAAAAUGACUUAUAUGGAGACAUAUUUUUUAACAGUCCGUUCUGGAAAUAUUUGAAAAAGGGGCAGUUUCCUUUAAAAAAAACACCUUGAAUGGAUGUCCUCGGACAAUGGAUGAAUUAUUUAUUAACUUAUUAAUACCAAAAUGUCGCUCUAAAAUGAAAAAGCAAUUAAAGCUUAAAAUAUGAUUUUUUUGAGAAGAAGUAUAUAUAGAUUUUAAUUCAAAGCGAAGCCAAAUAGGGUUUUGAAUCAUUCAACAUAAUUAUGUUUAUUCCUAACAGUAGAGAUACUUGAUAGCAAUUCGGAAAUUUUGGGCAAAGGUUUUUCAUUUGAAACAUCUUUUAUACAAAAAAAAUUAUACAAGUUGUGCGAUGUUCGCAAGAAUAAGUGUGAUAUUUUGUCCACCAUUGCUUCGCUUUUCCUAAUUUGGAUUAGAGAGAUGGAAGUUGCUUUUACUGCUCAAUAUAUAGUAUAGAAUCCAAUAUUAUAGCCACUGCCAUUUAAGCACAAAAAUAUGUCUAUUCUAUGAUCGGUCUAUUGUUUGCUAAAUGCUUUGUAAAAAAAAGUAAAAGCCGCUUUAAUCUCGAUAUUAAGCACCAAUCUGUGUAUUAUGAUAAAUUAAUUUUAAUCGUUAUUCUGUUUUUUUUACAUAGAUAAAUUAUGUCACUAUAUUCUAUGUCAUGAACUAAUUGGGACUAUAUUUUGUGUAUUUUGUACAUAUUAAAAAAAUUACUAUAUAUUAAAAAAUCAUAUUAAGAUUUAUAGAAUAAAAUGCAAAAUAUACAUUAGAA